AAUAAUAAUUCAUCAAAGGCUCCGGUUCCUGCCCGAACACUUCAGUUCAGGAAGAAGAAGAAAUAAUGGCGACGCUUAUGGGGUCCGAGUCCCCUUGUACUGGAGGAAAACGAAGACAGUGUAACGGCAACAUCGUCACAAAGUUCACUACCAGUCGAAUUACCGGCCAGGGUUUCAGUCGAGGGACCCAGCUCCCAGCAGGCCUGCUCCAGGAGAGAGAUAAACGAGCCAAGUGGCAUGGCAUCCCUACUCUGCUGCAGAAGCUCUACGAGAGCAGCCAUCCUAACAGCGACCUCUCACAAGCCCACAGCCUACUUAAGGUAUUAUCAUCCCAGCUAUCCAUGGAGGCUAUGUCUUUUGUCACAGAGGAAAGAAAGACUGCUCAGGAAUCCACCUUCCCCAACACAUACACCUUUGACCUCUUUGGAGGAGUCGACCUGCUUGUGGAAAUCUUGAUGAGACCCACGCUAACUAUGCAGAAGAAAAAACCCAAAAUGAAUGAUGACUUGGUCAAGGACUGCCUUAGUGUUCUCUACAACUGUUGUAUAUGUACGGAGGGGGUCACAAAGAGCCUGGCAGCGAGGGAUGACUUCGUUCUGUUUCUCUUUACCCUAAUGACAAACAAGAAGACGUUCCUGCAGACUGCAACCUUAAUUGAAGAUAUUCUUGGAGUCAAAAAGGAGAUGAUUCAGUUAGAGGGCAUCCCUAAUCUAUCAGGCCUGGUUCAGAGCUUUGAUCAGCAGCAGCUGGCCAACUUCUGUCGCAUCCUAUCUGUCACCAUCUCAGAACCUGAUGUGGGAAACGACGACAAGCACACACUUUUAGCAAAAAAUGCUCAGCAGAAACGCAACGCUAGUCCCUCUCGGGCGGAGGUCAACCAAGUCACCCUGCUCAAUAUCCCUGGCUUUAUUGAGCGCCUCUGUAAACUGGCCACUAGAAAGGUGUCUGAGGCCACGGGGGCCAACUUCCUGCAGGAGCUGGAGGAUUGGUACACAUGGCUGGACAACGCUCUGGUCCUGGAUGCACUCAUGCAGAUGGCAACUGAAGAGGGAGAACAAAGCAGCACAGAAUCGUCAGAUGAAAGCUCUCUGGCCACCAGUCCUCUAAGACACCGACUGCCCCAGUCCAUGAAGAUUGUCCAUGAGAUUAUGUACAAAGUGGAAGUGCUUUAUGUCCUGUGUGUCCUUCUCAUGGGUCGACAGAGAAACCAGGUUCACAAGAUGUUGGCUGAGUUCCGUCUCAUCCCAGGGCUCAAUAACCUGUUUGACAAACUGAUAUGGAGGAAAUACACGGCCUCAAAUCACGUGGUGCAUGGCCAGAAUGAAAACUGCGAUUGUAGCCCAGAAAUCUCCUUCAAAAUCCAGUUUUUGCGGCUCCUUCAGAGCUUUAGUGAUCAUCAUGAGAACAAGUACCUGCUGUUGAACAGUCAGGAGCUGAAUGAACUGAGUGCCAUAUCCAUGAAGGCUAACAUCCCAGAGGUGGAGGCACUGGUCAACACCGACCGAAGCCUAGUGUGUGAUGGGAAGAAGGGUCUCCUCACACGCCUUCUCACCGUCAUGAAAAGGGAGCCUCCAGAUUCAUCAUUCAGAUUCUGGCAGGCAAGGGCAGUCGAAAGUUUCCUCAGAGGUGCAACGUCAUAUGCAGACCAAAUGUUCCUCCUUAAGAGAGGACUUCUAGAGCACAUCCUCUACUGCAUCAUCGACAGUGGCUGUACUUCACGAGAUGUCCUACAGUCCUACUUUGAUCUGCUUGGAGAGCUCAUGAAGUUCAACAUUGAUGCCUUCAAGAGAUUUAACAAAUAUGUCAACACAGCAGAAAAGUUCCAAACCUUCCUGACACAGAUCAACAGUUCUCUGGUGGACUCAAACAUGCUGGUGCGCUGCAUUGUGCUCUCCUUGGACCGCUUUGAAAGCCAGACUGAAGAUGUCAAAGUGGUGGAAGUGCUGUCUGAGUGCUGCCUCCUGUCCUACAUGGCCAGAGUUGAGAAUAGACUGUCCUUCCUCUUCCGACUCAUCAACAUCAUCAACGUGCAGACACUCACACAGGAGAAUGUGAGCUGUUUAAACACCAGUCUGGUGAUCUUGAUGCUGGCCCGAAGAAAGGCUAAGCUACCCUUCUACCUCAACGCCCUACGAGAGAAGGAGUACGCUGAAAAGUACCCGGGCUGCUUGCUCAACAACUUCCACAACUUACUGCGCUUCUGGCAGCGACACUACCUCAACAAAGACAAAGACAGCACCUGUCUGGAGAAUAGCUCCUGUAUCCCCUUCAGCUACUGGAAGGAGACGGUGUCGGUGCUGCUGGGCUCAGACAGGACUUCUCUGUGUGCCAUAGCCACUUAUAUUGACGAGCCCUUCAUGGAUCUGGACAAAGACCUGCUGGAGGAUUGACCCCUCCAACACCUGAACUCAGUGUGCUCGGGGAUGGGAGGGGGCGGGGCAGGGGAGGGGGUGGGGGGUCACAGGGAGCAUGGACACCCACCGCUGGUGAAAGGCUCCUGGGAGCUGAGCGUCCAGCGCUUUGUGUCUGCGUCAUGGACGUAAAGACUCACCUGUUUACGUCUGUACCUUCGCAUGGAGGACGUCGUCACCAUAGGGGACGGCAUUUGCCUGGUUCUUGUCUUCUCACUACGUUGCUUUCUUUCUGCAAAAGGAAGAGAGGGGGAACCUGAGCCCACCUGAGAUCAGCCGCACAUGGUUGAACGGACCUUGGGAAAUGACACGUGCUUUGGUUGUUUGCUUUAGGUGAUGUUGAAAUAGAGCCUUUUAUAAAACCUAUACAAAAGUCUAUGAAAAAAUAUGUAUGAUUCAACAAAGUAUGUUAGAAAAAGGAUCCCACACCUAGACUUUGACCAGAGCUGUGGGGGCCAGUGGUAUGUCCCCCGUCCACCCCCACCCCCUCUGUCACUCCCUUCAGGCUCUGGGUGAAGUCAUUGCCCCUCCUCUGUCGGAGCUGUGAGGACGCCCCCUCCCCGGGGGUUUUAGGCAGGGCUCUUGUCAAUCAGUAGGACUUUGGUUUCCUCUGUCUGUGGGUCUGUUUUUAUUCAAAGGCGUUGGUUUAUUGGUGCUUUCUGGCUCGACUCGGCACAUUUAGGUCACACGUGGGCCGACUGACAUGUGUCACAAAUGGCAGGGGGGGUUCCCACCUUCAAACACCCCACACACACCCGUGGCUUCAGAAGCUUCACCCAGGGACUCUUUUUCUUUUCAGGUUAUUUUUAUUAAUUUGUUGAAAACAAUGGCUUUUAGCUCUGGGUAAACUGUAGAAUAAAACAUUGCACAGAUUAAAAUUGUUUUUAUUGUUUAUUAUAUUUUAACACAUUUGUUGAUUAUUAAAAACAUCUUCAUUUUGUAACAGAAUUUGUUGUCCAUGUUGUGAGAGAUGAUUUGGGAAGAAAAUAAACUAUGCAGGCGCUAGUGUGAAAAUGCCACAUGUAUUGUUUCACUCCCCAAAUGUUUUUUUUUUUGUAAUUUUAAACAUCAAUCACUUUCUCUGCUGUUUCUACAAACUGAGAAUGACAAUCUCUUUCUUUUUGCAUGGUACAACUUGGCUUUGGUUGAAGGACAGACAGUCUGACUUCUUUAGUGUCUCAAUGUAAACAGACCCAACCUGACAUACCUACACAUGAAUGAGCUACCUCAUAUUUUGUCCUGACCACAUACAGAUCAAACGACUUGUGACGGUGUACAGUUAGACUCCCAGCAUGUCAUGGUUCAGAAACAUGUUCAUAUGAAUGUAAAAGGGCAUUUCCUCUAGUUGGCCCCCGCUGACAUGACUUAAUAGUGCUAUGCCGCUUUGGGAUGCAAACACAUGUCCUUAGCCUUUUAUUUGCUUUUGGCUAAAUAACCACAGAUGUUUCCUUCUUUCUAGCUUUUGUGAUCAUUCAGCAUGUCUUAAACCUGUUGGUGGCUGUGCUCAUACUUUAGUUCAUCUGUUUUUUACAGUGAAGCUGAUGCACGUUCACUAAACAGGUGCUUCUUUCUUUCAAAUUCUUUGCUGGAUGCCUGAGAUAGUUGCUCUAGUUUCUUGCUAACAUGAUGUGAUUUGACACAGGGUACUUCUGCAGUGGUGUUUCACUUGUAUGGUUGUGUAUUAUUGACCCCUCAUCACUUUGUUCACUCGACACAGAAGUCCGUUAAGCUUUUGUUCUGAAAAUGUGAACGUUGUAAGCACUACAAGUGGACUUCUGCAGUGGUGGAGUUCCCUCUGUUUGAUACACAGAACAAAUGGUUUGCAACAGUUCCACUGUUUGUCAUGUGGUGCUCCUUCUAUUUUUACUCGUUCAAUAGAUUGUAUAGAAAUGGGUGGAAUCUUCUCUUCGUGGCCGAGAACAUGCUGCAUAGUGUUUAAUAAUAACACAAAUAGAUUUUUACAAAAAAAAA